UUUUUUUAUUAUGGGUCCUCGCAUUAAUAGCGGUUACUGGAACAUUUCUCCAAAUUUGGUAUGGUUUAAGAUACAAUUCAAGAAUAAUAGAAGUUAAUGGUGGUUAUUUCUACCCAGGAAAUACGCCAUAUAAUAAUAGUAAUAAUAAUAACAAUAAUAGCAGUAACAAUAGUUCAAAUAGUGGUCAUAGCCAUAGUCAUCAUACCAGAUUAUUUUUCCCAAAUUCUCAAUUCUCUAGACUUUCACAUCUAAUGAACCCACCACUUAAUUUACAACUUACUUUAAUAGAUAGAGAUUUCGAUUCAAAUGACUAUGAUAUGUUAUUACAACUCGACAAUGAUAUAACACCACAUGGAGGAGCCAAAAAGGAACAAAUAGAUUUAUUACCAAUUCAUCAUAUUGAAAAUCAACAGGAUUUGGAUACUUUUUUAAACAGUGGGAGCUCAAAGGAUUUACAACAAAAAGUUUGCUCAAUUUGUUUAGAUGAGUUUGUUGUAAAUGAUUUAAUUAGAACUUUACCAUGUAUUCAUCACUAUCAUUCAGAUUGUAUCGAAAAAUGGCUUAAAAUUAAAUCAGUUUGUCCAGUUUGUAAAUAUGAAGUUGUAUUUGAUAAUUAG